AUGAGAAUCCCACCCAUCGACGUCCUCAUGAACUGGCCACGGCCAAACUACAUCAACCCGGUCGACCGUGGUCCCGGGCUGCUAAUCAUCGAAUCGGCGUUUCUGGGACUCGCAUUGACGUGUUUGUGCCUGCGGAUGUACGUCAGGAUAUUCAUGAUCCAACAGACGUGGUGGGACGACUGGCUCAUGUGCGCGGGAAUGGUGUUCUGCAUCGGCGUGACGAUUUGCGUGAUUCUAGCAACUGAAAUGUACGGUUGGAAUCUGCACGUUUGGGACAUACCUCUGUCGCUGAUCAGACAGAGCCGGCAGAUAUCCAUGGCGGCGCAGACCCUCUUCCUCUUCGCAUCCGGCCUCUGCAAGCUCUCGAUCCUCGCAAGCUACCUGAGGCUCGCGGCGCCUGGUACUUGGUUCCAGCGUCUUACCUGGGCGACUGGGGGCCUCGUGUUCACCUUGACGUGGGUCUUUCUCAUCGUCCUGUGGACUCAGUGCAUGCCCAUCUGGCACUACUGGACGCUUUUCGCCGACUGGGGCAACUGCAUCCCGGAGUGGCCGCCGCUCGCGGGCCAGGGCAUCACGAACGUGCUGACCGACGUCGCCGUCUACCUCCUCCCGAUGCCCACCCUGUUCCGGCUGCGGAUGCCGCUGAGCCAGCGCAUAAGUCUGGUCGUCCUGUUCGGCCUCGGGACGGUGGUGGUCGUCGCGGGUGUCAUGCGGACAUAUUGGGUCCUGCAGGUCGAGAUCCGCUACGCCGUCGACCCGGCGUACGACCUCACCUGGGACGGGUUCAACGUCUGGGUCUGGACGGCCCUCGAGGUGAACCUUGCCAUCGUCUGCGGCUGCGCCCCGGCACUCAGGCGGCUGUUCACCGGCAGGAAGCAGGAGAAGACGCGGCCGGCGCAGGGCUCCGUGCCGACUAUUGGGUGCUGGGGGUGGAAGAAGGGGGGCCAAGAGACACGGCAGAGGAACAACGAGGAGGAAUACGGGCUUGCAGUGUUUCAGUCCCGGAGCAUGUGUGCAAAGGAAUCAUCAGUCACGAAGCUGGUCUGA